AUGUCCGCCCGUCAUGCUGUUCUAGGUGCCCAGUUGUCCAUUGGAGACGGGAGGCUGGAGGAGAGAGGGGUGAGUGGGGUUCUCCGAGCCAGGCCACCAGACAAGACCAGGCAGAACACAGGGACUUUAAUGGGCCAGUGUUCCCUGGGCAGUGCCCUGGCUGACCCUCGUUCUGGGCUGAAGCCCAAGUGGGCUGUCUGCCCAGGGCAUCCCUCCUCCUUCUUCCUCCCCCUUUCUAAAACGUUUGAUGAUUAUGGGGUGGGAGAAGGCAGUGUUUGGCACCUUGGUGGGUUGCUGCAGCCCGCCCUAAGCCAGGAAUGCCUGAGCCCUUCAUCUCCCAUGUCCCAGAAUGCCAGAAUCCCACAGAAUGAGUGCAACGACACUGACCACUUCAGAGCGCUUUACUGCAGCGUCUCCCUUGAUCCUCACCUGGGCCCUGGGAGGGGGCUGCCGGUCAGCACCAGAAUGGAAGCCAAAGAAAGCAAGCGCGGCAAGUCUGUGAGCCAUCGCGGUGCCCCCUGCCGCGACUCUGUGGCCCCUCGGUCCAGCUCUGGCCUCGAGGCCCACUCUCUGAAGAACUUUACCAUCCCCAAGAUCCGAAGGACAGCUGAGAAAGUGUACUUGUCAUCUUGCCACACCAAUCAGAGGGAGUACAGUUCCAUCAGCCAUACCCUUUCCCAGUGCAGACUUGACCUGAGCUGUGAGCUGCCGUCAUCCUGGCAAUUUGGGGAAACAAAAUUGAUUCACAAUGAAUAUCUGGAGAAGAAGUUUGCUUCCAAGAGAUCGGAGAUGCGGGAAUGCGGCCGGCGAGGCCGCGAGCUGGAGGAACGUUACUGUUUCUUGGCCGUGUCCCAAAGCGCCGGGUCCCGGAUGUACCAGAAUGGGGUGUGCGUCCGGGAGUCCACCCUGAAGGCGCUCGGCAACCCCCUGCUGGGUGUCUACUUGUUCAGGCACGCUGACGUCGCCUUGAGCUAUGCACGCAGUCGGAAGCGCCAUGUGGACAACCUCGUGAUCUUUAAGGUUCUCUAUGGGAAGGUGAAGAAGAUCCAGCCCAUGGUGGACAAGAACAAAGAGGGCCUGGACCCUUCCCCCAACUUCGACUGCCACAUGUCGCGCCUCGUCCCCAGCCCCAGAGACCCCAUUGAGCAGCAGGCCAGCGGCUCUGCCGUUUAUCUCUACGAAUACAACACACUCUCCAAGCCUGUGGACCGACCCCGGCAGUGUCUUCCAUUUGCCACCCUGACAGUCAGAUUCCUCGGUCAGAAAGCAGAAAGCGGGCCGACUAUCACAUCCUUGCGGUUUCUCUCCGCGGGAUUUCCCAAGUGGCCUGAAAAAAGAGGCUCCUUGAAUAACUGCACCAUUGCCAAAAGAAUCGGGAAGGGGAAAGAUGCUACUGUCAUCUAUGAGCAUUUCCCGAAGCCUGCAGAGUCCUCAGCCCCGGACAGCUGCUCCUGUAACGCAGAGAUGAAUCCCGUGGCCCCUGAUGUGGCCUCUCCCUGUGGAAGUGCUCAGAGUACCAGCUUCUUUUCCGUAGGCACCGUUGAUGGCCAGACAGAGCGUAAUUUAGCAGACAGCCACAACCUAUCUCAAGCACAAACCACUGAGGCUAACCCACCCCUCCCACCUGGUGUGGAUGCUGCUCAGAAUGUGAAUGAUGACCUGUUGCUGAGCUUUAAUUACCUUGAAAAAUUCCUCAGCACCCUUUCCGCUGCAAUUGCUCUUCCUAACAACACUGGUAUCAGCACUGUGACGACCUCCAGGCUUAUCAAGGACCCUCGGCUGUUGAGAAGAGGAGGAUCCUGUGACCAAGCCAGCCCCGAGACAGGCUGCGCAGAGACUUUGCCGAUGGAGAGCAGGGAAGAAUACCCUGAUUCAGAAGUGAAUGCCUCACCAUCCAUGCCCACGGAUGCUGCCCAACUCUCCGGAGCUGUCCCUAGUGAGCCCAUGGUGCUCAAUCAAGACCCCCCUUGUCCCGAGGGUCUGCCCAGUGACACUGCUUUGAAAGGCGUGUUGUAUCAGAAUGGUGACUAUGGAGCCACCCAUAAAGUAACCAUGGAUGAUACAAAAGAAGGCCAACAUCAUGCUGAUUUUCAGGUUGUUUUUUCAUAUGCUUCCAAAGAAGCCGUUGCAGAACAUGAGAACAAGGAAUGUGGUGAUAAAGAAAUGCAAGGCUCAAGCCUGAAGGACAGGAUCCUUCUUCCAAUUAAAAAACAAUUCAGGAGAAAGUACAUCUCGGAGGCGACUCACUUUCCGAGAAAGGGCAUGUCAGUGGAUGCCAGUCCAGAGGGUAACCCUACAACCCAAGAAUUACAGCCUGCUGACUUCAAAAUUGUACGUGAAGAACUUCAGCCUCCUUCUCCUCCAGAACCUCUUCAGGCUCAGCGAGAAACCAGAAAUAAAUUCAUUCCAGACACUCAACAUGUGAAAAAUCUGAACACCAACACAGAUAACCAUUCCAAAAAAGCAAAAAAUAAACACCCCAAGAAAAAAGAUAGUCAUGACUCUACUCGUGGAGAAAAGAAGAGUAGCUCAAGAGAUUUUUAUCAUCCCCACAAAAAGUACGAGACUUUGAUUUUAUCCCACCAAAAUGGUCAUGAUCAUAAGAAGCCUCAGAACCAGGGGUCGGCCAUUCCGGUGCAACCUUUCCCAUCACCUCCAGAGCAAGGAGGAAAGUCAAACCCCAAAUACGUACCUUGUACGUCAGAAGAUAGUUACCCUCCGGUAAGUGCACACGAGUCUUCCAAUAAUUACCUGAAAGAGUGGCUGAGAUAUGAAAGAAUGUGCAUUGAAGAAUAUUUGGCCAAAUUUCCUGAAGUAACAGAAUUGAAAAGGGAAAGUCUGCACCUGAUACCCACUGGUAGAAAGCCCGACGCUUCCCAGGAAAUGGAAGUCAUUGUUCAGACCAAAGAAAAGCCUAAUGAUUCGAUUAAUUUGCCACUUGACGCUAAAGUGCCCCAUUUCAAGGUGAUCCGAGAUGGGAGCGGGAACUACCCAGGUGUUCAUGGGGAAAAUGGAAAUGGGCCAAUGUCCCCAGCUGUUGCACAUAAAGAUGGUAGAUUGAAUGCUUGUCUUGCUGGAGAGGGAGACAGAAGUCAGGAUUGCUCUAAGUUCUGUGACCCAAUGUCUGGGGCCGAUGAUACCUCUCUUCCUGCUGUAAAUGUUCAUUUUCAAGAAGAGGAAUGUAGGAGUGAAGAAACUGAUGACCCACAUCCUGAAAGUGAAGGUAGACAAAGUCCUUCUGGGGAAGAAAAUAGAAUGGACGAUAUUUAUGUAGAUGAGAAGCAAGCCGUUUAUAUGAACAAAAACCACACCGUGAUUGUCAGUGACGAGAGAGAGAUUAAGAACUUGGGCAGGUCAGAAGUGAUGUACUCUGAAAAGUUUUCUUCUACUUUUAACUUAGCCUGGAAGAAAAGCCGCCUGUCUAUAGAUACUACCUUGGCUGAAAACAAAAGUGGAGUUGCCCCUGGGAAUCAAGGGGGGACACUUGUCAGUGGUGAAAGGAAGCUGGUGCUGCUGGCUUCCACAGCCAUGCCACCAGAAGACACGGCUUCCUGCGCAGUCCAUGCGCACAACAGCUGUGGCACCAACACGCCCAUCCCUGAUGCUCUGAUGCCAGGGGUCAGUGGCGAGUAUGAAGACAAGCAAGGGAACUUCCUAGAUAGAGCGCAGGCUGUCCAGAGCCCCAGUUUUGGAGCAUGGGGGAGAAAUGUAUUUGGGGAGCAUGAAGAUGAUAUGGACUACAGCAGACCCAGUGAAGCCUGUGAGGAUCUGAAGAUCCUAUUUCCUCAGGACCUGCACUAUGACAAUGAGAUAGAAGUGGAAUUUGAGCCAUGUGAAGACUCUUUGCUGCAACAAGACACAGCUCUCCUUGGAAAUCUGCCUGCUGAUGACAUGAGCUCUGUGUACCAGCUCCUGGAAUCUCGUAUAGACUGGGAAGGUCUCUUUGGCAGCAGUGCUUGGAAGCCCUCAGAAGGUGCCACAAGCACUUUACCACAGGAGGAUGAAAGCCAGUGCUUCCUGAGGGAGAAAAGUUGUAUUUAUUCUCAUACUCAGAAGACCCACGGAGACCUCCUGAGUCCAGUGGUGGUUCCCGAUUUACAAAUUCAAAUCACAAAUGUCAUUCACUCGGAAUUUGCCCUUUCUCAGGAGUCAGUGGUGAUGCCAGACGAGGUGCCGAUGUGUGUCCCACCGGAGCCUGCCGAGGUAGAAAUGAGCGACGUGUGGCAAGAGUUAGAACCUGUGACCAGUGAUUCCCAUUUUACCUGUGAAAGCAGAGACCCUUCUGAUAAAGAUGAGCUUGGUCUGAAGGUGUGUCCAGAGGCAUCAGAACUGAUGAGCAAUUUGUUCAUGACCCCACCUCCCACCUCAUCAGUUCACAAGGCAGUCGAAUACCCCCUGGCCCUGUGUCCUCAACCUGCUGCUACUUCCCCAACCACGAAGGAUGAGAGUAGCUGCCCGUCGACAAAGCCGAGAGAUGCCCAUAGCAAAUCUCCAAGGGUAAAGGACACAGAAUCUAAAAAUGGCAAAGGGAAGCAACCAGCCUCCUUCAAGAACAGAAUCAUGCCAAGUAGGAACUUCAGGGAUCCCAGCCCUUGUGGAAUGACCAGAAAGACGGCUCGGCACCAGUCGUCUGAACAGUUUUCUUCUUUAUCUGAGGGACGUAUCAAGACCUUCUCACAGUCGGAAAGGCACAUCAGAAAUGUCCUGAAUGCCCUCUACAGUGAAGCGUCCUUGUGCAAGAGCAAACGUCUGUCCAGAAAACUGGACCGGGCUGUUCUUCAUUUAAAGAAAGCUCACAGGGGAGUGCAUCGAUCCUUGCAGCUGAUCACUAAAGUAGGGGAGAAGAGGAGAAAUGGCCCCUUGCCCAAGUCCUAUGAGGUCAUACGCAACAGCUUAUGGGAAUGUUGUGACUUGGAAGGUUAUAACUUUCUGACGGAAAGAAGGUGUUACUCGAGGCAUUAUUGGCAGAAGAGAAAAGAUGACAAACGGGAUGAGAAGAGAGCUUCAGGAAUGCAAGUGGUCAGGUCUCGGACCCCUGCCCCACACCACCAGGGUUGUGGCGGUGGCAGCAGCAGGGACCAGGGUUUCCAGAGGCCACUCUCCAUAGAAGGUCCAUCCAUUGAGGCCUCUGUAAGUCACGUGAGCAUCCCAAAGAGCCCCAGUCCUGACGGACCGCAUCACUCUGAGUCUCAGGGCUUAGCACCGAGCAGGGGCAAUGUGAAAGAUCCAAGAGGAAGGGCUGACCACCAGGACCCUGAUGAACAGCCAAAAGCUUUCCCCUCUCAUCACUCCGAAGGAGAAAGGGGAAGGGAGAGGCCCUCGAGUGAUGUCAACUCUAAGAAGGCUUCCUCAGCUCCAGCUAGAAUGGAAAGAAAUGGGAAGUUUUUCAGUGGCCUUGGGGAAAACAGCCUUCCCCUAGAUACCAGUAAACCAAAUGUAGAAGAUGACAGUGAGACUACCUCCAGAGAGAAUCCUGACAUUGUCAUUUCUGUCUUAAAGUCAAGCACAGGACACUUUUCCAAUGCUGACGUCUCUCAAACAGAUCUGAAGAUACCUAGAGAUACCCCCAAAUUGGAAGGUCGUCUUCCUGCGGAAAAGUCCCUACAACUCACAGUGAGCUCAAGACCAAACACUGGGUCAGAACACUUAGUUAUCGACUCAGGUGGCGUGGCUCCCUGGACAAGCCAAGAGGGAGAGAAUGAGCUUCAGAAUUCGUCCAGCAUCUCUGUUAAAAAUAAUGUGACUGAAUGGGAGACACCCCACGCUGAGAGUCUGCCAGCUGUUGGGAGUCUUGCAACCCACACUUCAUCUCUACAGCAGGAGAAGCCGCAGCUUCAAAAUGAGGGAGAGGAUGCUGUGGAUGCAAUCUGGGGACCUUGCAAAACCUCCCCUCAGGGAGGGGAGAGGAAGGAAGGAAGUGGUCCAGACAGUGCCCCGGUGGGGCCUGCACCACUUAAGAAAAAUAAAAAUGGUCAGAAAAAUGCUGUUGAGGCCCUUCUUUUGAGUACCUCUCUGGGAAAGACCAGGAGUUCUUCAUCACAAAAAUCCAGACUAAAGAAAAAAGACAAAAAAAGACAGAGAAGACCAGUUGAAAGGAAACAAUUGUCAGAAAAGCCCCUAGGAGAAUCAAGGGAGAAGGCUCCUAUUCAGAGAAAAGGCCAAGGUAAACAGGGUCAGGUCUUGGACACUUCUUCUGUGGUGGCUGCCCCUUGGAGUAAAAAGACUCCCAGUCACCUGGCUAGGAGCAAGGAAGAGGAGGGCAGAAUGGAAGUGGAGGAUGUGCUGACCCUCUGCUCCAGUGCACCUCCAGCUGCAAUGAUGGGCGAUCCUGCCCCCAGGAGGAAAGAAGUCCCCCCGACAUGUGCUGUGCCAAUGCACUUGAGGAUGCCUGAGGGCAACCCUGCCCAGAAGCCCACUCCCACAAGUGAAUUAGAGGAGGGCCAACCUUCAGAGGACCCUACGACACUCGUUGUGAAACUCUCAAAAAUUCUGCAAAAGGCAGACACAGCAUCCACUAUGAAGAGUUUACAGGAACAGAUCAAAAUGUGUCAAAGCUUCCUUCCUUUAUUUAUUGAAGCUUUUGAAAGAAAGCAGAAAUGUUCCUUUAAACAUGUGCUGAUUUCCCGGCAGCUGCUGGUGGAAGGGAACAUGUGGAGUAACUGCAGGCACCGCCUGCGCCCGAGGGCUGUGGAUUCUCUAGUAGAACUCCAGAUGAUGAUGGAAACCAUGCAGUUCAUUGAGAACAAGAAGGGUCUCUUGGGCAGCAAGCCCACGUUCCGCAGCUUUCUGUGGUAUGAUGCUUCACUGUAUGGUGAGCUACUCCGGGGGAAUAGAGGCUACCAGCAGCAGGCCUGUCUCUACCCGGCUUUCCAAGACCGACUCAGGUAUAAUGCCUUCAGUGAACUACAGCACUACCACCGUCAGUUAGUCAGACUGUUAGAAGAAGCCAGGAAGAAGAACAAAUCCUACUAUGCCAUCUUGAAAUACAAGCGGCAGAUCGAGGAGUGCAAAGACAUCAUGAAACACUGCUCCGAUUGCUUUGAUUUUACCCUUUCGGCACCGCUCACCUGUGGGGUUAAUUUUGGAGAUAAUUUAGAAGACCUAGAAAGGUUAAGAAAAAGCACUUUGGAGCUGAUCAGUAACCAGGACCAUUUCCCUAAAAUUCAGUCUUGUCCUGAAAAAGAAGACCAUCUCUGGAUCAUCAUGGAAAUGGUCUCUUCCAAGAUGCACUUCAUAAAGAACUCUGAAUCAAUUAGCAUGAAGAUAUCCCUCUACGGCCUGGAACACAUCUUCUUCGAUGCCGCUAAAAGUCUCGUUUGGAAAGAGAGAGGCCUGUCCAGCAAAAACCACUCCCCCGAGAAGACAGACAAAGAGCUAAUCAGAUUUAACCGAUGCGCCUUUAAGAAGCUUCAGCAGAUCUAUGAGACUCUGGAGGCUUGCGGGAAAGCGGAAUGUGCUUCCAAGGGUUGGCUUGAGGACACUGUUGGAAAUCCUCCCAAUAUCUGCUGUGUUGGAGAAAUAAUAGACCAAGCAGAAUCUGCUGACCUAAGACAAUUGGAGGAGCUUAGAGAGAAAUGCACAGACCACCUGGAGACCCUAAAGAAGUGUUUCCAGAUUCUGCAGGAGGCCCCCGUGGACAGUCUUUUGAUCACAGAAGAGAAUGUGCUGGACGUGGUCAAGAAGCAUAGCCAUCAGGGGGUCAUCCUGAAGCCGGAAGCUGUGGAAAUGUACAUUGAAAUGGUCAUGCUUACCGAAACAAUUCACUUCCUAAAAAACGUCACGGCCAAAAAACUGGACAAACCGAGGUUUCGGGGCAUGCUGUGGUUUGAUUUGUCUCUCCUCCCGGAGCUGAUAGAAAACCAAGAAAAAAUCGCUUGCUUCUUGCUUCCCAAAGAGGACACAGAAGCCUGCCUGUGGGAGACGGUGGAAAAGGCCAUCUUACAACUGAAGGGCGAGGCUGCCGUCACCUCUGAGUACCCCGAAGGGGUCAACUCCUCCUAUGCGCUCCAGCUGCUGUCCAGAGAACUCGCAGAACUCUCCGAAAUAAGGACACUCCUUGAAAAGGCCGCCCCGCCUCUCACCACCUAUGCGGACCUGGUGCCUUACACCAUGUCCGUAAAUUAUGGCACGACCCUUUCUGAGCUGGAACACAAUUACAACCAGUUUGCUGCAUUGUUGAAAAACCUAACUCUGGCUUCCCAGAAAGACCUGGGGAAGAUGGCCCAGGUCAUGAAAAUCAUGAAGACCAUAGAGCACCUCAAGGCUUCCUGUGCCAAAGCGGGAAGCCACGGUGGCUCCCUUCUCACCUGUCAGAUGCUGUGCAAUGCGGAGAAGGCCCACCGGCAGGAGAGGCAGACCAGGGCCAUCCGUAAGACGAAACCCAGAAUGGCUGGCAGGAAACUGGGGUCCUCCUGCAGGGAGUCACCCCACAGAGAUCCGGCUGUCUCCAAGAAAAGACCCUUCACCUCAACUCCUUGUGAAAGCAGCCACGAGCAGCCUCAGAGCCCUGCUCUGCCAAGUUGCAAGAAACCGAAGAUGGACGAUCUUCUCAUGACAGAGGUCAAGAAAACCCGGGAGCCAAAGGGGCCCCUCCAGGAUGAAAGGGAGAAGAUGGCGGAUGCGGGAAGCGCCCCGGCAAUCAUCCCCGCUCCCUGUCCGAACCAGAGCAGGACAAGGUCUCCAGAUGUUUCUGGGCAGGGGUCUUCCGGGCCCAGCUGCCUGUCCCUGUGGCAGGGUCCCACCAAGGACAGCCCCGCAGCUGCCAAAGGCCCGCUCAGGAGCCUGAGGAAGAGAAGCCGGUCGGAGGGGACCCUCCCUGGUAGUCCAGGCCUCGCUUCCCAGAACCCGAAAGCCUCUCUGGCUUCCCCCCUGAGGCCAGGAGCAGACGCACUUCGGGCCACUCCCUGUGCGGUAGGUGCCGCCUUCCAUAGUGAAGCUGACCUCCACUCUGCUUCCACCACAGCAGAGGACUUGACCGCCAUCUGUCCAGACCACGAGAUGCCCUCAGAGGGCACUGAGGGCAUCCAGCUCCUGACCACGACCCCGCCGGCCCACGUGGCUCUUGUCAUCCAUCCCGGUUGCCCCGGCACCUCUGAGCUGCUAACCACCCCCAGCAGAGCUCCCGGCCCCCCGGGGCCCCUCCAGCCAGGUCAAAGGCCUGAGCCCCCAAACCAGCUGGCCUCUGGGCCCCCCGGGGUGUGCCCCUUCUCGCAGCAGCAGCCGCAGCAGCAGCCUGAGAACAUGCCGGGGGGCUCCGUGCAAGGCUGCUGGAGUAAGCACCCCCAGAGCGCUCCCCAGGCUUGGAGCCACUCUUGCAGUUGCUUCUACCCUUACUACUCGUGGUGUGUCUACCACUACUGCAGCAGCAAUGGCAGCUCCGUCACCCAGACCUACCAGGGGAUAAUGUCCUACGAGGGCCAGCCCCCCCCCACUUUGGCCCCCAUCUACCACGGGCCCGUGAAUCUGCUCAGCUGCCCCGGCCCUGGCUGUGUUCAGCCUCUGCUGCCGGUGCAGGGACUCUGCGCCUCUCACGGCCCCCUCCCAUGUCUCACUCCAGGACCACCCAUCGCCGCCAGCCCCUGUGCGUCCGGCCAGGCUCCGCCCCACGUGCCCUACCCCUGCCCUCCUUGCCCAGGCAUGUUUCCAGGAGUGACCGCAUGUGGUGAGUACUGUGCCGGGCGGGGCUCAGGACUCUCCUUGGGGCUUGGCCAGCCAGGCUCCAUCUCCGUGAGCAGAGGGAUUGUGGGGGGCGUUCGGGGAAUGUUCCCCGGGAGCAUCCUCUUUGCCACUGGGUAG